CACGUUGCAGCCAGCUGACAGACCGUGAGUUGCAUCUGGUGGCACCGCCGCAUCCUCCCGUCCCGGACUGGACCCGGUCAUAAUCCAACUGUUAUCAUCCGGACAAACCGAGCCAGACAGGCAGACCUCAGCACGGCCAGCAGGCCCGGUCUCAUCCCUCCAGAACCCUCCAGAACCUCCAGAACCCUGCAGAACCCUCCAGGACGAGCCGGUGAUAAAAAAUGAACGAGAGCGAGCUCAGUUACCUGCUGGCGGAGUACGACUUCGAGCGGCGCUUCGACGAAACCGGAGCCCUGCGCUGGAUGCAGCAACACUGGAACAAGUCGUUCAUGUUCUGUGGCCUGUAUGCCGCGCUCGUGUUCGGCGGUCAGCACUUCAUGAGACAAAGGCCGAAGCUGAACCUGCGACGCCCUUUAGUGCUGUGGUCUCUAAGCCUGGCCAUCUUCAGCAUCAUAGGAGCCCUGAGGACCGGACAGUACAUGCUGCACGUCCUCACAACCAGCGGCUUCAGAGAGUCCGUGUGCGACAACAGUUUCUACAGCGCCCCCGUCACCAAAUUCUGGGCCUACGCCUUCGUUUUGAGCAAGGCCCCCGAGCUGGGUGACACCGCGUUCAUCAUCCUCCGGAAGCAGCGCCUCAUCUUCCUGCACUGGUACCACCACAUCACCGUGCUGCUCUACUCCUGGUACUCCUACAAGGAUCAGGUGGCGGGUGGCGGCUGGUUCAUGACCAUGAACUACGUGGUUCAUUCACUCAUGUACACGUACUACGCCGCCCGGGCGGCCGGCCUGCGGGUGCCCCGUCCCUGCGCCAUGAUCAUCACGGCCUCCCAGAUCCUGCAGAUGGUGAUGGGCCUGGCUGUCGUGGGCUUGGUGUACCACUGGAUGCAUGAGGUGCGCUGUCCAUCCAACGUGCACAACAUCUCGUGGGGGUCUCUCAUGUACCUCAGCUACUUGGUCCUUUUUGCCUCGUUCUUCUACAACACCUACCUCAAAGGCUCCUCCGGGGACAAAGGAUCCAAGGCAGAGUAGCAUGUUUGCACUGGUGCUCUGCGGUCUAUUGACGCGUGCCAUAAGUAGAACAACAGUGAAGGGGCCAUGAAGGCCUGAGUCACAACUAGUUCACCGGUACAGUCCUCCUCUUUUUAUGACAUUUCCACUUUUUAUAGCCAUCUGUAGCUCCUGUAUCGCCUCGGUGAAAGCAGCGUUAUGAGGGCCAGAGCAAAUAUUUGUGAAGUGAGCUCUUGAUGCAUACGAUAAAGCUCUGAACUAGAAAAGAAAUAUUUCUCUCUGAGAGCGAGAUGAGACGAUAAAAAAAAGAUAGAUAGAAAGAUGUGCUGCAUCUACUUCUCGACAAACGGUUUAUUCAUCCGUCCAGUGAGUCUGUCUGUGGUAAAGAAUCCAGCGGGCAAACCGGUUUUUGUUGUCUGUGCUACCAAACAUGGAAACCUUACUUUGCAUAUAACUCCCUGUAAAAACCACUGAUCACAUGUUAUAAGAUGUUCAUUUGGAGCUUUAAACAUGCUGCUAAGUGUGUUUGUUUUUGGCACUGGUAUCAAUCUUCUCGUCUCACUCUCAGGAACAAAGCUCAUGAAGUACAUUCCCCAAAAUGUUGAACUGUCCUCUUUAAAGUGUCGUCUCUUUUAGCCCGAGCCUCAACUGUGACCUGCGUAAUAUUCAGUUUAAAAAAGGGAAAGACAAUGCACUGAGUGAAGGAAGGCUGUCUUCUCAUGUUUAGUUUAGUUUAGUCAUUACACAGACUGCAUGUGAAAUAUGUCGCUCUUCAACAGGCGACACGACACAGAGCAUCUUACGAUGAAGCUGCGAGUGGCCACGGUAAUCUGAGAUGUGAUUAUGUGAUGUUAACACACCUUUAAGUUCAGGUCUGUGUUAGAUAAGAUCUGAGUGAUGAACACAUUCUUCAGAUUCUUGUCUAACAGGUAAAGUCCACGUGUCCCCGUCCUGUCUGUCCAGAACACGUUUACACACUGUGCACACUUUGCCUUCCUCAUCUCACUUGACAAGUUACACUGGACGAGGCCCGGCCCGCUCCUCCCUUUAGGACUUCGUAUCAGUAUCCAGAUGUUUGAACCUGUGUGUGUUUUAUGAAUCUCAACCUUUGACCUCCACUCCCACAGUCAGCCAUAAAGAUGAAGAGACACACCUCUGACCGCCUGCUUGCCUUUAGACCUUAGAGCCACUCACCGCUCUCAGUAACUACACCACGAGAUGCCACCAAACUUCAGUCUGAUUGUAAAGAGAGAGGAGAAAUAUGUCACUUUCCAAAUGUUUCACAGCGGGAACAUUCAGCUUAAUAAACUUCCCGUUAGAGCCCAGUAGAAGAAACAGAUUCGUAACAGCGAUGUGGUAGUAGGUCACGUUUUUGGCAACUUUUGAGCUUUAGCGAGUCGCUGUGAUCCGGCUGGUCUUUAGACCGAGACUACUGUGACCCGCACUGAGAGCUGGGUCAGGUCGGGUUAAAUCUUUAACUUUAGCCCCACUGAUCCACUUUGUUUGCUUUCAUGCCUGUAGUUUUUCAUAUCUGGGCUCACAUGGGAUGUUUCCUUAAUCUCUGAUGACACAGCAUAUUCAUUUUAUCUUUUAAUACAGUAAAUAUCCGACAUUGUUCCUUUAAAUUAAAUGCAGAAUCACUUAAUUACACUAUUAAUUUAAUCGAUUCUGCAGACUCGUCCCUUUAAUCUUCUUGGAAACACUCAUAGUUCUUCAAAUAUGGAAAAUGUUCUCUCUCUUAGACAACAUGUGGUUCGUGAAAACAAAGUGCUGCUUCUGCAUCGACAUGUUCUGAGGUGCUGAUUCUGACACGAUGAAGUGAAACAGAAGAACUGCUGCUGAUGUGUCCACUGUAAAUAAGAAGAACCUCUGUAUGUUCUUCAUCUGUCACCCUGCUGGAUGUUCGUUAGCAUUCAGUUCCUCUUUCCAUCCGAACGUCGUGUUUAUAAAUGCUUCUUCACAUCGACCGUGACACUGUUUCUGCCUCUUCAAAGUUCAGACAUGGAGGAUAAAUGUAGAUAUUGAUACACUAAUGUUAGAGGUUUGGGAUAAUAUCUGUCGUAGCACACUGAGGCUUGAACACGUAGAGUAGCUUUCCAUGUUUUUGUCUUUUUGUUGAUGUUCUUAGACACUAACAUUGAAGGUGUGGUCAGCGAUUCUAAUUCAUGAAACAUUUUCUUUGUGGAUUGUGUGCAAAGGUUUUGCAGAGUGCUGUUAUCCACCAACACGCUGCCAGCCUGAAGUUCACUCGUGUUUCUCAUGAAGUACUAAACUGAAGUUUCACUGUGAGAACAGCUGAAGAAAUGAUUUCUGAGCUGAAUCGCUGCAACACCUUUUUUAAAACUUGAAAUCACUGCGAGUCCUUCUGCGUGCCCGGCGUGGCUUCUGUUCUGUUUGUCUUCUCAUGUUGAACAUCAGGAAACAAAAGGGAACAACUGUUAAAGGGCUUUUGAUGUUGACACGUUC